AUGGCCUCUCAAGUCCAGAAGUUAAUUCUCAAUCCUCAGGGCGACACUCUGUUAGCUUUGACGCAAGCAGGGCUGUGCUACGUGUGGCCUGUGGACGAGGACUCGUUGGCGGCUCUGGAGAAGCUGACGGGCAGCGCCUUGUUCCAGCCACCCGGCGCAGCAGCAGCAGCAGCAGCAGCAGCAGCAUGGCGCAGCAGCAGCAGCAGGUCCUUGUUUGCUCGCCGCGACUCUUUUUUCCCCUCUCCUGUUGCUGACGAGCUGCUGCAGCACGGCCUCUAUGAGACAUCUCAGGUGUACGUACACCUGCUGCUGAACUCCCCCUCUCCCCGCUGCGUCCUGGGGGCCAACGGCAGAGGGUUUGCUGCUCUAGGCGUGCCCAGCAGCAGCGGCAGCAGCAGCAGCAGCAGCAGCAGCAGGAUAGGAGACGAUUUGCAGGCGGUGGAGUUUCUGCAGGACGGCCGCCUUGUUGCUGCUGCUGCUGCUGCACCUUCCGCCUACCCCUUGGGGAUAUAUGAGACACAAGGGGGCCACUUGCUUGCUGCUUUUGUUGCUGCUGCUGCUGUUAUACCGACACGAAACGCCGGCAGCAGCAGCAGCAGCAGGGAAGACAGCACUGCCGUGCUGCUGUGCAACUUCACGGCCCUCUCCCUCGACCGCUCCCGCCCUCCUCCAGCUCCUGCUGCUCCAGCUAGUGCAGCAGCAGCAGCAGCAGCAGCAGCAAAGGGAAGAUGGCUUGCUGCUGCUUCAGACGUGGGGGGCUGCCUCGCCAUGGCCUUCAUAGGCGACGACAGGCUGGUGGAGCUGCAGCGGCAGUUCGACAGCAGCAGCAAAGAGCACCGGCGCUCUGCUGCUGCUGCUGCUGCUGCUGCAGAUGGCGACGCAGCAGCAGCUGAAGACCGCGUUCCUAUCGUGCCUCAAGUGCUGCCGCUGCAGGCCUUCUACAUCAACGAAAGAGCAGCAACUGCAGUGUCUUUGGUAUGGCGCCCAAGGAGGCGCGCCGCUCCCAGCAGCAGCAGCAGCAGCAUUCAUUUGCUACUGGGUUGUUCUGACGGGUUUAUAAGAGUCUGUGCCUUCGUGCCGCACACUCCUUUGAGAGUGCAGCAGCAGCAGCAGCAGCAGCAGCAGCAGCAAGUGCAGGUUUACCCUCAGCUGCGGCUGAAAAGUGUCACUCUCUCUCGUUUUGCUCGCGGCACCAUAAGCG